CGAUGUACGAGCGGGUAUAUGUGCGCGUGCGGCGGUGCGCGCGCGAGUGCUCCUGCCGACGCUGCUUCGCCUGCCGCUGGCUGCUCUGCUGCUUCUACUGCCGCUGCGCCUGCCACAAGUCCACGGACUGAUGGAUGCUGUACUGUAUCUAGCGAUCGCACUCGUUGCGCUGCAACAGGUGGCUGGAGAUUGCAAGAAUUGCGUUUCUUUGGGCAAGGAAGAAAAGGCAAUGUUUCGCGCGCACUCCGAAGCGUGUCUCACGGAAUCGCAUGUGGAUCCGAAACUUUUAGAAUCCAUGCUUCGCGGCCAGCUGGUCGACGACCCGGCGCUCAGGAAGCACGUGUAUUGCGUCUUGCUCAAGUGCAAGGUGAUAGGGAAGGACGGCAAGAUGCAGAAGGCGGCGGUGCUGGGCAAGCUGGCGGCGAGGAGCGAUGGACGAAAUGUCACCAAGGUAUUGGAGAGCUGUGCAGACCAACGCGGGGACAACCCAGAAGAUCUAGCGUGGAACCUCUUCCGUUGCGGAUACGACAAGAAAGCAGUCCUUUUCGACUACAUGCCAAUAGCCACAGAUAACGAUAGCACGAGCUAAUGAUGACGAGAUCGUCUAGACACACCUUUAUAACAAUUAAUUUUUUAAACUUAACCAGUGUUGUUUUGAUUCAUUACAUUGUAACUGCUUUUGUUGAGACGUAUUUAAAUAAUUAUUCACUACCUAUUUAUUAAAUAA